ACAACGCCAGUCAGCCGCGGCGCUACGGCGGGGAGUCUCUCCGUCUCCGCGCAGUCUGCAUGCGAGAUCAAGAGAGGAGAAGCCCAAGAUGGCAGCGUGAGGAUGAGACUGCCCACCUCGGUCCUAGUGUCGGUCUCUCUGUUUACAGCCGAGACGACGGCUGCGCUUUACCUCAGCACUACGUACCCCUCGGCCGGAGACAAAAUCUGGCAGUGCUUCACCCUGCUGUUCACGCUGGUGCCCUCCGUCCUGGUGCAGCUCACCCUCAUCUUCAUCCACAGAGACCUGAGCAGAGACAGGCCGCUCGUGCUGCUUCUCCACAUUUUACAGCUGGGCCCUAUUAUCAGGUGCCUAGAUGCCUUCUGUAUCUACGGAAGCUCAGGGAAGGUGGAGGAGCCUUAUGUCACCAUCACACGCAAGAAGCAAAUGCCCCGCAGUGGUCAGACUGAGGAGGUGGAGCAGGAGGUGGGGCAGGCAGAGGGCAAGCUGGUCACCCACCGUGCGGCUUUUGCUAGAACCUCUGUCAUCCAGGCCUUCCUAGGCUCCGCCCCUCAGCUCACACUGCAGCUCUACAUCUGCGUGCUGCAGAGGGGUGUUUCCAUUGGGAGAGGCACGCUGAUGGUCAUCUCUUUGCUAUCCAUUGUGUACGGUGCACUGCGCUGCAACAUACUGGCCAUCAAGAUCCGCUAUGACGACUAUGAAGUUUCAGUACAUCCAGCGGCGUACCUGUGCGUGUUCUUGUGGCGCGGCUUCGAGAUCGCCACACGAGUGGCUGUACUAGUGCUUUUCAGCUCUGUGCUAAAGGUGUGGGUGCUGCCCUUGGUGCUGAUCAGCUUCCUGAUCUUCUUCCUGCAGCCGUGGGUGCACUUCUGGAGCAGCCACUCACCCUUUCCUGAGAACAUUGAGAAGACACUGACACGUGUGGGCACCACCAUUGUGCUUUGCAUGCUCACCUUCCUCUAUGCUGGCAUCAACGUAUUCUGCUGGUCGGCAGUACAGCUCAAGCUGGAUGACCCAGACCUCAUUGACAAGGGCCAUGGCUGGCGCCGGUCGGCCACCUACUACUCACUGCGUUUUGUAGAAAAUGCGGCGCUCACCUCGCUCUGGUAUUUCCACCGCACUGACUUCUACAGGCAGGUGGACGCGCCCGUGCUGGAGUUGCUGCUACUGCUGGGCUAUGCGCUGGCUGUCUUCUUCAUGCUGCUUUUCUACCAGUGUUGCCACCCCUGCAGGCGCCUGUUCUCAUCCAGCCCAGCACAGGGCCUGUGGGAGUGCUGUGGGUCACUAAAGCUGCCCGCUGGACCAUACUCCCCACCUAGCCUGCCGCAGGACAAGCCUGGCCUGGAGCAGCCGGAAACAGCCAAAGACACAGUUACCAAUGGAGAGGUCAACCAGAAUCUGUGCUGAAUAGAACAGCUAAAGCACAAAAAAGUGCCCCUUAUGGACCUGAAGCUUGAUUAGCUAAUGAAGAAAUUCAGAGCUGUCUUUGCCUUGAUGGUCAAAGGAAUGUACGAAGGGGUCAUUUUCAGACUCAGCAAAGGCAAGAUCCCCUCCCCCCCACUUUUUCCUUUCAGUUUACAAGACGAUAACUUUUGCUGUGAUUGUGGCAUGGGGUUGUUGAUGCAUGUGCUAACUUUUAUCCUUAAGAAAAUUUAAUGGCUGCUUCUGUUGUGCAACGUGGGAGCUCUCUGUCGGUCUCCUUGUCUAUCUCUAUGUCUCUUGUGCUCUCUUUUUUAAUAAGAUAUUUUAAAAUAUUUAUUUGAAAAGCAUUGAACAAAAUAAUGGAAACACCUUUACUUCCUAUUUUGAAUAAUGCUUGAUAGUUUUGAACAGUUCGUAGAAGAGUAUCAAAGGGUUCUUGGAAGAAUAUAUUUACUACCAAAUUUAAUGGUUGAGAAGUGACAAUAUGAGUUAACAGCUCAAAAUGUCAACAAGACAGUGUAACAGGCUGUUUACACCUUGCAUUAAAAUGUAUUAGUUGUAUCAGGUUUGGAUUUCACUUGAUUCCAUGAAAAGCCAGGUAUAAACACAAAUGAAGAACUGGUUGCUCAAACGACAUUUGAAGGUGGUCAGAGACGAAUCUGAAGCAUAAGUGGAAUGUGUACGUUUACGUCUUCUGUGUCUCAUGUCCUCUAGACAGUAGUGACGUUGCCUGUUUUAAACAUUUUUUUCCAAUAUUUGACAGUGUGUAAUCCACUGGUAGUAGCAUGUUAGAAACCAUGCUUACAGCCUCAUGUGUAAGUUUUAGCUUAACUGUUACACCAGUAUGCCAGAGAUAAGUGCAAGUAAUGUAGCACGCAAACAGUGCAUACAAUGCUUUUGCUAGCCCGUGUAGCAAGUUGACCAAGUCAUGUAUGCUGUAGUCAUGUUUUACAUGAAAAUGAAGACACCAGACCCUCAGUCACCCAGUUCAAUGCCUGUAAAGGCUUUGUGCUCCAAACAAACUAGCUGGUAUUGAAACGUUUGUACUAUUUUUUGAAAUUCCUUCAGUGUCUGCAUGAAUGUAUGGGAUGCAUGUAUAACACAACAGUAUAAGACAAAUGACUUGAGAAAUUCAACAGUGCUGAAGUUAACUUCUUAUUCUAGUUUUGUCCCUUCCUUAAAUGUGCAGCAGUUAUAUUUAGGCCUCUUCAGGGUGUUUCCAUUAUUCCACUGCAGGGAUAGGCUCCAGCACCCAUUGUGACCCAAAAGGAUAAGCAGCUUAGAUAAUGUGUAUGUAUGUAUGUAUAUAUACAUACAUGUAUAUAAUAUAAGUAAUGCAUAUAUUACAUUAUAAUUACAAUAUGUAUUUUAAUUAUACCGUAAUUAAAUAUCCUUGAUCACACUGUGAUAUGCUUUUAAUGCAGGAAAGUAAAAUCGGAUCUUAUCCUGUCACACUGGGGUCAGAUUUAAUAAAAAGUGUAAAUGCAUUCCAGCUAAAGUAUAUCCAGAUAUGAUUUGGAUAAGAAACACAUGUUAAUGCAAGGUGUAAACAAACCAGGAGUCAUGAAACUCUUACUUUCUUCAUUUGGUCAAAUGUUCAGGUUUUGUUUUGCUGAAGCCUGGGGUGUCACUAGAGGGGGGCUUAAGCUGAAAAAACACGCUCACUUUCUUUUUGAUCACUUGAUCUGCCUCCUUCAGCCCUGUCACGUCUCUUUCAGCUUCUUUCCCUUCCUGUGUUUAGUGAUACAUUUUUUAAAAUGUAUUUUUAUUAAACUCAUAGUUACAAGAAUUCAUGAACUAAAAUAAUAAGAGAUCAGUUUUUCCAUUUACAGUUUGAGGAUAUGUAGGAUAGAAAAUUUCAUUUUGGUCAACACUGUAUGACCCUUUCACUGACAUCUAUUUCACUGUAAGCAACAAUAUAUGGCUAAUACUUGUGUAUUUUUUACAAAAACUAAAGAGAACUAUAAAAACAAAGAAUAUAGAUGUCAGUAACAUUAUUUCUGUCUGUUUGCUCAUUCACACUCUCCCUACCUAGCAUAUUCAAAAUCUUAAACUGGUUGUCUUGUAGCUAAUAUUAGUGUUAGCUUAACCCCCCUUUUACCUUCAUGUAAACCCCAAGAACCUCUCCCCCAGGUCUAAUAUAAUUGGUUUACAAAUUACGCAGCCUGAUUUGAUUGGCCGAGCCGGAGGUUCAACUUUUCACAUGAUGUUAGUAAAUCUCUGGUAGCACAGCAUUAGAGCAGCAGCAGCGCCUCCCCCAAAUCACAAUAUAUUGUGAAGCUGGAGACGUGAUGGCACAGCUCAAUAAUAAAGAAUAAAUGGGAAUAAUCUAUGGAGGAUUUGAACUGGUAAUGUACAUUUAUUUGAGAAAUGGGGCUCAAUAAUAUUUGGUUGGAGGGAGGGAGUGGGGGCUAACGCCCCAGUAAAGCUGGUCUAGCGACCCAUGGCUGGAGCCAGGUUAUAAGUUAAGUUUUGCACUUUUUCUUGCAAAUAGCUGGCAUAAUAUUGUUAUAAUAUUCUUAUCAGUGGCUAAGCAGUGAACUUCCACCUGCAACCACUUUUCUUGUUCAACAAAUGCAGUGAGUCAUUUUUUUUCUAAGCUUGGAAUCAUUUUGUCCUUCAGAAACUCAAACUUAGAUGCAUAUUUUUUAAACCUUUCUUUCAUUUUAAGGUGGAUUUAAUUGGAAUGUAAAGUCUGUGUCAUGUAAAAUGUCUUGGUGGCCACAGCUGCUGAAAGAGUUGUGUUUCACUCACCAGCUUCUCAGGUUUAUUCCUCGCUUAUGUUGUCUUACUUCUUUGAGCUUAUCGAUAAAGACCUGUAUCUUAUUACCAGUACCCUACUCAAGUGGAGUCUUUAAUUCAGCCAGUACAGGAGGGUACUGAAUGAUGCCUAGGAUGGUAGCUCAUGACGGUUUUGUCAUGAAUGCUAAACAUAGAAGCACACUUUGAAUAACGUGACAGGUUGUGGAAGAAUUUUUCAAGAUAUUGUUUUUUUUUUAUUGUUUAGUCAUUGUUUAAAGCAUUCACAUUCCUUUUUUGCACUUCUCUCACUCACAUUUGUACAGGUUUGCAAUGGAAAGGGACCACUUUUGCACAUUAUGAUCUGAAAUAUUUUGCUAAGAGGGUGAAAGCUGUGACGUGGAAAUGCGCAUGAUAGAUGAUUGUACUUAAGCCUUUAGUGCCCUCUGGUGGUUGGCAGUAUGGAGGAACGCUAUCAUUCUUUCAGAAUGAUCCCAGUACGGGCAAAGUGUUAUCUCGUAACUUACAGUGGCCGUUGCGAGUGAAUGCUUUCUACAUCUGUCUUCUAUAAGCAAAGCCCCGGAACAUAAGAAAAAUAAAAAAGGAUAUGAUUUA